AUGAAAUUGAAGACUCAAUUGUCUCACAUUUACCACACAUUUGAGACACAACUCACGGCUGAAGACAAACACAACUACAAUGAGUUGACACAAGAGUUACGACCAUUGGAUGCGGGCGUCAAACGAGAAGUGAUCGCUGAAGAGAUAAACGAGACACCAAUCGUGACGAAGAGUAGGAAAAGGCCAAAGUCUUCGUGCGAUACCAACAAAACCAGUGAUAAUCGGGUUGUGGUUAAGCGACGCGUCGGCAGACCUAAAGUGUUGAGACAAGAGUUGCAGUCAUUAGAUAUGGAGACCAAAAAGGAGGCGCCGUCUGAGGCCACCGACGAUCGCAGUUCUCCACCCGUGGAUCAAAGCAUCUCUGAUGAAGACAAUGAAUCGUAUGAUAAGAGUUUCGAGAAAUUAGAGGUUAAGAAACGAAUCCGAAAACGACGAACAGUUGCGGAGAUGGAAGAGCUCGAAGAACUGCGACAGAAGUACUUGAAUUUUAAUGGCAUAAUGGAUGAGACGACCGGUCAUUACGUGUGCCCUAAGACUGACUGUAACUCUAGGUAUGGACUGCUUAUUGAUCUGUACCGACACAUGCGUUCAGUCCAUGAAUUGCAAUCUUGUGGUCCAGAGUUUCAACAGAGAAUGGAUUCGCACACAAAAGAGUACUUUGAUGUCGACACCAAUUGCUAUCGGCUGACGCCGGCGGUCAAGGCCACGAGUCCAUACGAGUGGCGAGUGUACUGGUCGGUAAGCCUACUCGCCGGUAUAGUAACGGUUAAGCUCCCGACGCCAUUCCCUUUUAAGAGCGAUCGGCGAUUGCAAGAGCACUCGCAAACCCACGACAAGACAUCGCUGAUCAAGUGCUCUGUGAACGGCUGCGACCAGAGCAAAUUCUUGCUGAUAUCUGCAUCUAAUGUGCAGUUUGACCAGUCUCACCAUUACAUCCACACGGGUGAGCGGCCGUACGCCUGCAAUUGGCCAGAAUGUGGUAAACGGUUCCGGCAAAAGCAUCACCUCAGCGAUCACAAGAAUAUUCACGUCAAUGAUAAGCCCCUGAUGUGUCACUGGCCCGGCUGUGGCUAUCGGGACAACAAUUCAGGCAAUCUUCGCAAACAUAUCCGCACUAAACAUAAAUAG